UAUUCAUCAGUUAAUUUUUGAAGGACACUGAUGUGCUACUUGCCCAAUAGUUAAGUACUCGUGAUGAUCGGUAUAGAUAUGACGUUUCUAUUUAUGAUAUAAUUUGCCGAUUGUUUAGGUCUAUUAUUGAUGGUUAUGUAAUUUGUCUCUAUUUCAGUGUUGUUUCCACAUCAUAUACGUUCUUACGCUCUGAAAUUAUGCAAGCUAUGGAAUUUCUUUGGGCUUAGUGGAAAUCGCUGAUUAUCAAAGUCACAACUUGUUCAUCAGAUUUUGCAAAUCGGACAAACAUAUUAUGAAUUAACCUCCAGUGUUUUGCACCCUCCACGCAGUAGACAUUCGUUUCCGCUUCGCCAUGGAGUUCGUGCUUCCCCAUAGCCAAACCACACAUGGGGAACUUUGCGCCCACUACAGUCAGUUCUACUGUUUCGUGAACUUGAAGAUAGACUUGGCUCAAUCUAGGCGGAAGGGAAAGGACUCAGACAAAAACCGCUUCAAAGAAUUAGUGCGACCGUUAUACAAACAACUCAAUUGGUUUUCACUUUCAUAUACCGAUCGAGACUCAGAAGGUUGUUGCACACGUCAGCGCGUCUUGUAUGAGGUUAAUGGACAGAGGAAAGGUCUUUCGCCCGAAAAGUACUUGGAGAAAGUGAGCGAUUUUCGGGGAUACAACAAGAGGCUCAUAUAUAUUAAGACGCGGUAUGAACCGUUAAUCUGCAAAAACAUCAUUACUGGACUUGGAUUUGGCCAGACUUUUACCGGUUUUAUCUCGAUACUUGGAGAUCAUCACGCAGAGUUCGGUUACCUGUUUCCUUCAGGAGACCAAAUAAUCCGAGAGUUCAAAUCAGAGAAUAUUGAAGAUAUUUUGACCUUUGAUUGGUUCAAGUGGAAUAUAAUGUGCGAAGAGCAGCCUUGGAUCUGUCAACUGGACUCUGACGAAUCGGUUGACUCAAAUGAAAGUGACCCAAAUUCACAACGCAGAAGACUGAUUUAAACUAUAUUUCAAAUUAACAUUCAGCAUAAACUGAUUUAGUUAGUUGCAUAUUAGUUUUUAACUAGACUGAAGAACUUUCAAAUUGAAUCUUCAGGUUU